AUGCGGCAUUUCCGGAGUAGGAGAGAUGCGCCGCCGAUCACCUUGGCGGCACUCUGCUUACCUCAGCUCGGGCUUGUAUCGCCGUCCGCUCCUCUGCACCCAUCCGUGGCCGAGCAGUGGCUUGAUCUUCAGCCUCUGGCCGACCCCGCAUUCGGUACACCUAGUCGUGUGGACCUGCUCCUUGGUGCUGACGUCUACAGCCGCAUAUUGAGGGCGGAAUCCGUCCGGCGGGGUGACAUUAUCGGUCAGCACACGAUCUUCGGCUGGACCCUUGUCGGCCGUGCUCCUGGCCUGCAGCCGGCAGCUUUUACUGUUGGCUCAACACUGCAUAUGGACGGCGCACCGUCUUGGCAUCGCGAGCUGGCUGCACUGCUGCAGCGCUUUUGGGAGCUCGAGGAAGUACCGCAAGUCAGCCGCCGCGCUCCAGAGGACAUUGAGUGCGAGCGCAUCUUCCUCGAUUACCAUCGUGCUUCGGAUGGCCGCUAUGUCGUUCGUCUGGCAUUGAAGAGCGACAGUGCGCGGCUACUCGGCAACAGCCUGCAGAGUGCCACGGCCGCCCUUCACUUGUUGCAUCGUCGCCUCCAGCGGACCCCAGCAAUGGGUGCUGAGUAUGUGCAAUUUAUAGCAGACUAUAUCGCACUGGGCCACAUGAGGACACUGCCUGACGAUCUGCGCACGGCAUCGCCCCGACCAGUGCACUAUAUCCAACAUCACGGCAUCUGGCAGAGCAGCGAUAAGGGCCGCAAGCUUCGCAUCGUGUUCAACGCCUCGAAACCGACAUCGAGCGGCUACAGCUUAAACGACGUCUUCUUCGCGGGCCCUAGGCUGCAGACCGCGCUCCCCAGCAUUGACAAGCGUGACGUCGACCUACAGCGUAUCUUGUGGAGCCCUGAUCCAAACCAACCGCCCACGCACUACCAGCUGUUGACAGUUACCUAUGGCGCUUUGUGCUCACCGUACCUCUCCUUGCGCACUGUGCAGCAGCUGUGCGAGGACGAAGGACACCGACGACCCGAGGCAGUUCCUGUGGUGAUGAACGACCGCUACGUCGACGACAUACUCUCCGGUGCCAACGACAUCGCCACGGCCCGACAUGUUCGUGACCAGCUAAUCGAACUUCUGCACGCCGGCGGGUUUCCUCAGCGCAAGUGGGUAGCCAAUGUACCCGAGCUGCUGGACGACCUCCCCGACGACGUGCGCCUGCGGCCCACUUGGUGUCAGCUUGUCGCUGAAGGUCUCGUUAGUGAGCUCGGUGUGAGCUGGGACCCACCGUCAGAUUGCUUCCUGCUAACACCUCCCCUCAUACAGCACCAAACCACCAAGAGGACCAUGCUCGCAGCGCUCGCGGGCCUGUUUGAUCCAUGCGGUUGGCUUGCGCCGAUUAUGCUGAACUCCUGCUGCAAGACUUAUGGUGAGCCAACCUGA